GCCUUUCUCAUCCAGGCCCAGGAUCAAAGCAAAAUGGACUUCUUCGACGACCUGAUCAACCUUAACUUCGACCUCGACCCCACCACCGCCCUCACCCUCGCAGCAGGCUCCUUCGCAGUCUGGUACAUCACCACCGCUUUCAUCUCCUGGUACCGCUACCGCCACCUCCCCGGCCCCUUCGUCGCCAAGUUCUCCUACAUCUGGCAGGUCUACACCAUCGCCACCGGCCGCGUCAAAGAAAACUACAUCAACCUCCGCGAGUAUGGCCCCCUCGUUUUGACCGCCCCGGGCACCGUCGUCACCAGCGAUCCCGAAAUCUUCCGCAGGGCCAACGGUGCCAGGAGCAAGUAUGAUCGAUCCCCUUGGUACGCGGCCGGCAAGUUCAAGCAUGAUACCACCAAUAUGGGGACUUUGAUCGACACCCCCGAACAUGAUGCGAUCAAGUCCAAGACUGCCGGGCCCUACGCCGGGAGGGAGGCAGAGGGUGGGUUGGAAAGUGUCGUUGAUGCCCAACUGGUGAGACUUGUGGAUUUGAUCAAGCGAAAGUAUGUCUCUAGGAACGGGGAGUUGGUGCAGACGGACUUUUCCAAGAUCUCGCGGUUCUUUACACUGGAUGUGAUCUCCAAGCUGCUCUUUGGGACCCCGUGGGGCCAUCUGGAUGAGGGGAUCGAUGUACUUGGUUGGUGUGUGGCGAUGGACGACAGGUUGGUGUUGAUGUUCUUGAUGAUGGAGCUUCCUGCGUUGAGGUACCUCUUUGGCGGAAGCUAUGGGCUAUUGAGAUGGUUUGGACCGCAGCCAGGCGAUAAGUUUGGGUUGGGAGUGGUCAUGGGCUACGUUAACAAGCUCAUUGGAGAGCAUUUUACCGACAAGGAUUUGAAGCAAAAGGACAUGAUGAGCGGCUUCAUUCGCAACGGACUGUCAGAGAUGGAAUGCCAGGGUGAGGCACUCCUUGUAAUUUUGGCGGGCUCCGAUACUUCUGCGGGAACCAUCCGCUCCACCAUCCUCUACCUCAUGUCCAACCCCCAAGCCUACGGCCGCUUCAAGAGGGAGAUCAAAGAAGCCCUGCAGCAAGGCAAAGUCUCCUCCCCCAUCACCAACGAAGAAGCCCUCAAGCUCCCCUACCUCCAAGCCAUCAUCACCGAAGCUUCCCGGAUCGGCACCCCCUUGACCUUUGGCCACUACAAGGUCGUCCCCAAGGGCGGCGAUACUGUGAACGGGAUGUACCUUCCGGCAGGAACGGAAAUCGGACAUAACGCCCUCUCGUUGACGCACAAUAAGGAGAUCUUUGGUGAGGACGCGGAUAUCUUCAGACCGGAGAGGUUUCUGGAGGCGGACCCGGAGAGGAAGGCACGCAUGUUGAAGGCGUUGGAUAUGCUGUUUGGGUCGGGGAGGUGGACUUGCGCAGGCAAGAACUUGGCGCUGAUGGAGUUGAAUAAAAUUUUCUUUGAGUUGCUGAGGCACUUUGACUUUCAGAUUGUCAAUGUGCAGAACCCGGUCAAGGAGAGGGCGUAUUUGACUAAGUUGCAUGAGGAUAUGUUUGUGAGGAUUACGGAGACGGAUUGGAGUACUAUUUGAGGGCUUGCUAAAGGGGUUUGCGUGAACUUCUUUGUAUUUGUUAUGAGUUGUUAUGAGGGGAUCUUUGAUGGCGUUUAUCUGGUCUUUUGUAUUCUUUGAUCAAACGCGUGGCCUUUGUCUUUCAGGGAUUAAGAGUUGCCUAGCUGGAAUGAAGUUUUGAACCAAAGCACGA